UACAAGAAGAAAAAAGUCAUUUCCCUUUUUAUCCAAUUGGGCCUCCUCAUUUAUUCAAUGAUACAGAUGUUUCGUUGGCUAUUGAAGCCUAAAUUCUAUUCAAAAUGUAUAUAUUAUGUAAAGUGUAUAAAGACUCGGUUAGAGAUGAUGGAGAAAAGGAGAAGAGCUAUUCAGAAGUUUACAAAGAGUGACAUCGUUGAACUUCUUAGGAGAAGACUUGAUUAUGAUGCAUAUAAAAGGACUGAAUGGUUUCUGUUCGAGGAAAAAAAAUUAUCAUGCUAUGAAUUCAUUGAAAAGUUUAUUGGAUGCAUAUCGGAUCAUCUUGAAGACAUAAUUAAACAGAGUGAUUGCCCUGAGGAAUGCAAGGAAGCAAUACCAUCAUUGAUGUAUGCUACAGCAAGACUUUCUGAUCUACCAGAAUUGCGUGACCUCAGAACAUUGUUUACAGAAAAAUAUGGAAAUUCUCUUGAACCAUACAUAAAUAAAGAGUUUGUUGAGAGAUUGAGAAGAGACCCUCACACAAGAGAAAUGAAGAUUAAGUUAUUAUAUGAUAUUGCACAAGAGUUCUCUAUAGAUUGGGAUGCAAAGGCUUUGAAGUUAAGACUUUAUGCACAUCCAUCACUAUUUGAAGGGAGGCCUAAUGGAAGUGGAGGAGAACACAAAGAUAAAAGUGACUUCAUUAAAUCCAAAGAAAAUGAGGCAAGGCACCAAAACAGUAGUGAUGAUGAAACAACAAGCACAGACACAGACACCGACAGAUCGUCAUCACAUUAUCAUGGAAGAAAAGCAAGUUCAAGUUCAUUUGGAAGCAUAUCUGAAGAUGAUGAUGAUGAUGAACAAGUAAAAGAAAUCAAGAAGCCAAAUUCCUUUUGGCACAUUCCACCUCCUUACAUCAAACAACAAAAGACUAAUAACAAAGGUAGUGAAAGUAAUGGUCCAAACAAAACAACAGAUUCUCAAGAAAAGCAGAAAGACAUUGAUUCAAGUGAAAUGAAACCAACAAUUUCAGUGGAAACAACAUCAUCAUCAAAAGGGAAUGCACGAAUGUGGGGUGGUGGAUGGCAUGAUUACGAUGAUUUCAUUGCUCGUUUUAAAGCUUUCACAGGAAGGUCAUAGAAACAUAUUCACAAUUUCAUGAUAAGAUAGACUAAGGUUAACCCUCAUGGUGGACUUAAUUAGUUAAUUACUCUGCUCUAUGUAUUCAACAUAUGGAUUUCAGGAUUAGAAGAUUAAUGCAAAAAAUUAAGAUGAAUAUAACUUAAUGUAUUUCAUGUUAUAAAACCAUCUAUGAUUCGAUUUAAUUGAAAGGAGCUGAACUUCCACAACAUGACAAGACAAAUGAAAGUUUGAAAUUUAGUUGGAAAAGUUUAUUCAUAUCAGACGAAUCAUUUGCAGAAAAAACUUGUAGAAAAAAGAAAAGAAAAAUAUGUUACUCCUUCAUGAAAAA